AAAUGUGACGAGAAACCGGACGCAGAUGGCCAGUGCCAGACCUGUGUUCGUCUUCGCCUCCAAUGCCUAGGCUUUGGUGCAAAACGUCCUGAGUGGAUGCGCGUAACGAUGGAACCGGAAUUCUCAAUGCUCGAAGUAAUGGGCUGCGACAACUUGACGUUCUUGGCACUCGCCGAAAUAUCAGCGCUCGCGGCCUGGAAAGACGAGGAGACGAAACACCAAACACUGAGCUCCGUUGAGCUAGUCAGACGGGGAUUCGACAUCGAAGGGCGAUACUUGCAGGCGAUCUCCAGGACUGGAUCGAACACCUCUCAAGAACGGUCGGGUGCAAUGGCUGAUUCACUCGAGAAUAGAAGGCGGCUUACUGCAGACAUCUUCCGUGCGUCGGCGCGACUUUAUUUGCACACUGUUUUGAGCGGGGACAAGCCGAGUGUGCGGGAGAUCAGGGAAGGAGUUAGCGAAACGCUUAAUGCUCUGAUGCGCGUCCCCAAUGAUCCGAAGCCCUUGAGGCGGUCCGUAGUGCGAAGCGUUGUGUUUCCAAUUUGCCUUGCAGGCUGCAUGACCGAUGAUCGCACAGAAAGGGACGCGUUCAGGAAAGUAUUGGAUUGCGAGGGUGGAGCGGGUAAUUGCACGUCUGUCGUGGAGGUGAUGGAAAUUGUUUGGCAGCGUCGGGAUGCCGCGUACAAUGCGCAGAAGCGGCGAAGCGGACGUCGGCCCGUGGAGCACGUGGAUGACGUGAACUGGCGAGACGUUCUAAAGGAACACGGCGGCGGAGUGCCCAUUCUCCUGGUAUGA